UCCCAGAAGGAAGCGCAAAGGCGGAGCGCGAUCGGGGGCGGGGCUCCGCACGCUGACGUCAGACCCGCAUGGAACCGGGAAGAGCCCGGCAGAAAGCGACCAUGACGAAGUUAGCACAGUGGCUUUGGGCACUGGCGCUCUUGGGCUCCGCCUGGGCGGCCCUGACCUUGGGGGCCCUGGAUUUGCCUUCUUCCUGCCGGGAGGUCCUGUGGCCACUGCCCGCCUACUUGCUGGUGUCCGCCGGCUGCUAUGCCCUGGCCACUGUGGGCUAUCGCGUGGCCACUUUUCACGACUGCGAGGACGCCGCCCGCGAGCUGCAGAGCCAGAUCCAAGAGGCCAGAGCCGACCUGUCCCGCAGGGGGAUGCGCUUCUGACACUCCAACCCCUUUUACACCCGACAGCCGCUCCCUCCCACCCCCCAUUAAAGAGAAGCUCACUUUCUAA